UCUGAAUAAUGUGUGUAACAAGAAAUUUAAUAAUACAACAUCGAAACUAGUGGACACUGCAAUCGAUUGUCCAGGUCAGUUCCGACUGCGAGCUCCCCCUUCCUUUCGUCUGUCCCUUUCGGAUGUAGCACAGCUGGCUCGUGCUUACUCCUUCCCACAAUCUUUUCAUUCGGAACAGGCUCCGGUUUCCAAAGUCGUAUCAGCUGAUGGUACUUGAUUUUAUUCUCUACAUGCGCUGUAAUUCUAAUCGAAAUGAAUAUUCGUCGUCUAGUCGCGUUCGGAUUUGUUCGUUUUCACGCACGCGUCUCAGGGCGACCCGUCCACCGUUGAUCGACGCGAUCGGAUCGGACACGCGGGUUCCAGUCGUCCAGAGUGGUUCGAGAGCGGUGUGGAGCGCCGCCGAUAGGUUGGCAGCUAUCAGGAUCAGUCGCGCUGGUCGCGCAUCCGCAACCGAUACCGCACGCCGCUGUCGCCGCUGACGGCGGGGUCUCUGCGCGUCUAGUCUCGCAGUCGCUCGCGGGGUCAAGCCAAGCCAGUUGGCAACAGACCAUCGAGCGGGUCGCUUGCGCCAGUCCACGGCCGCGUUCUCUGUUCUUCCCCUUCCUCGUCUCCGGCCGUUCCGUGUGUUUCCGAGCGACGUCUUCUCAUCUGGCGUUUCGCGUGUCGUGCAGCGGCUGUCGAGUAGCGCGUCCCUCCGCCCGGAGGAGAAGGAAAUCGGCUGUCAUCGUUGUUGUCAUCAUCCACGCGACGCUGCAUCGACGGUCGGCUGCCAUGGGGCCCGUCGACGGGAUCAUUUGACCCACGGGAACGACUCCAGGCUCGUCGGUGGGAUCGUGAGCAGACUCGCGUGAGCGCUACGAAUCGGUAUGCACUGCCUAGGUGCGGUGACGGGAGGAGGCACCUCCAGCCCGAACGGGGCUGGCGGUCGGGGUGGUGUUCUUAGUGUGUUUCGAGCCCUUGGAGUCCUUGUGUGCGAAGGGAGAAUCCAGGGCCCUCCGCGUGGCUACAAAGAGGGCCCACACUGCGCACCGCCUAUGCAGGCGGUUCCAAACGACCACGUGUGCGAAGAGACCAACUAUCUGUGCAAUCGAUAUCGAGUACUAAUUCAGGAGAUCACGGAACGCCUCGCUACUGGAUCGUACCUGUGCGUGGAGGUGCUUUUGUGCAGCGAUUGUCCGUGUGGUUUGGCAAAGUCCACUUGCAAAUAUCCUGUAUAUCCCGUGCCGUCCUUAUCCAUUUCACCAUGGCAAAAAUGCGCUUCGGAGAUGUUACUGGAGUAUUGGUGUAUCUGCGUUGUCCCGAGCAAGAGCCAGGAACCAAUGAAUUUUCAAGGAUUAUACCAAGCAGUGCGUUCACGGUUACACUUCAGCCAGGUUGCAGCGUGGUGGUCACGCAGCAACGGCGCGGAGCCGAGCUACAUAGCCACCCGGAUCGUAUCGCACAAUGAGGAUAAUCUCAGCAAAUUCCGAGAGACGUCGGUGGAGCAUACCUUUCCUCUGGCUGGUAAUGGCGACGGAAAUUCCAUCAAGGUGACUAUGUGGGCACUGCCGCGGAUGGAAGAGGUACCCAUACUCACGUGUUCGUUACACCCGAAAAAGGAAAAAGACGAAGAAGAUAUCGCGAGGGCGUUAACGCCCACCAAGAGUGUCCCGAUAGGAUCUGGCAGCGCGCAAAAUCUAGAGAGUCUCGUCUUACCUGUUCUAGUGGACGACAGACUACAAACCACUUGUAACAAAUCUGGCAAGCAUGACUGUCGUUGUGAAGAAGAGGACGUAUCCCCUCUAUCGCCUACCAUUAGAUCUAAUGGCGAACGGAAGCGUCGUCGAUCGCUUCCCUGUGGUCCGGCAGAGAGUCCUUGUGUGAACUCGCAACCGGUACCGUUGCCGUCCGUUCAAGAAUAUGUGCAGGAGAUAAGGGACAACACCAGUUCGAGUUUAAUGAGAAAUUCUACCGAGUCAUUAAACAAUCGUAGCAUCAUGAGGAUUCUUCAGAAUAGAGAAGUAGAGAACAAGAAUGAGGUGAAAACUCACAAUAAUCGAAACUCGGAUCUCGAACGUUGCUUCAAGGUACAUCUAAAGAUCGAGGAUCUGGAACGCGAUUUAGGGAAAUACUACAAGCAUACAGUGACAGAAGUUGCAGAGAUUGCCAAUUCAAAGAACGCUGAUCGGAUCGAAGAAGGCUACAAUAAUUCCGUUAAGAACUCUAAUCUUGGAAGAGGGCCCAGUAGCUCCUCGGAUAUCAUAUCCGCGGCAAAGAGUAGUGGGAUAUUGCACAAUCUUAGUCCUUUCACUCCCACGAGUUGGGCCUUCGUCUCCUCUUGGCAGAAUAGCAAUAUGAAUAGUAAGUUCCAAAGCUUUCGCAGUGCAAAGGAGACUCGUUUUAAUGAUUCCGAAAAAAAUUACAAGCCGCCAGCUGUUACAUCCAAUCAUGCUCUAAUCAAUCCCUACGCUCAGCCCAAUCCUUUCCACGAAUCAAAUCCGGGACCUUCGACGCAUAAAUGGAUGCAAAAAACGCUAGACAAUUCUGCUUGCAUCGUACAUCAAAGUUGUCCGAAAAAUAAAAUUGUCGCAGAGGCGCAAGUAUCGGCCGGUCAAGACGCAUUAGAGAUUAAUAAGGAAGAAAGUACCAUUAAAAGUAGUCAGAAAAAAACUGGAAAGCCAGAUUUAAAUCAAUUAAUGUGGAAACUAUCGGUGCCAGAUGAGAAAGAAAAGAGAGAAGAAGGAGGGUUUCUGGAUUGGUUCAGCAAAGUACCUGGAAGAGUCUUGGGUGUUGCGGCAACGAAGAGCUAUGUUGAUAACAACAAAAUGAAGAACGAAAGCAAGUUGGAACAUUCAAUCGGGCAGCAAGGUACAAACGAAAUCAAGUUCAAGAAUUGCAAUCUCGAAUUGAGUCAACGGGAGGUCGACGAAGUGUUAGCGGUAUUGCGAGCGAGAACACCUUCGGGACGUAGAAGAGCUACUGUUAAAAAUGUGAGAAAACGCGGAGAGCGAUCUGAAAGGGUCAAUGAUGAUAUGACAGAGAAAAUUACAACAAAAUGUUGGGAGGAAGGGAUAGUUCGGAGUAAUUCAAUAAAUCCUGGAACAGUUCCAGUUUGUACACUUAAAUCUUGCGAGGAUUGCAGCCGUGGGUUGUGCAAAAAGACAAAUCAUCAGGUACCAGAAGAACAUUCAAGCACUCUAGACCGAGUCUAUUACGACAAGAAUGUUUAUCAGCCUGCACGUUCAAAACUUGCCGAAGGAACCAACAAAUUAAAUGAGGAUUCGCAUGCGAAAAUACAUACGAACGAGGAUGCGAAUCGUUUGCGAAAUGUUUCCACUAAAGCUGACGUGCUGCUCGGAGCCAUUCUGCGAACUAGCAAGGACCGAAAGGACUUGUCAGAUAUUUCACCAAACGGGACCAGACCGAGGUCGACGACUACCAUUGACGAUGACAGUAGCGACGACGAUUCUCACCUUUCGAGCACUGAAAAGCUUGAUCAGCAGGACCAUAGAACCAUUUCGUCCAAUGACGAGAAAUCCUUGCCACUGAAUAAGAGAUUCCAUCGGUUACGGCAGAUAUUCAAGAAAGAAGUGGAUAUUAAGAGAAUUGCUUUGAUAGCGGACGAGAGUUCCUCAUCGUCGGAGACCUCGCCGAAUUCGACACUGCAGCAACGCUUUACUACGGCAUCAUUUCGCUAUAACAACGAACAACCGAAUCUACAUAGUGCAAGGUACAGCAAGACGAAACGGCGAAUCGACUUCGCUAAUUUCUCAGAGGCUACCGAGGAAAAAGAGGAUGCUGCGAUAUUCAGUACAAAAGACGCACAUCAAAAGCCACGCAAUAUACAUAGUACAAAUAAUAAUGAUCGCGAAUGCGAUUCCGAGGGCCUAAACAACCAGCAGAAUCAUUGCGACAGGCGGCUCGAAGAAUCUUUUACGAAUAAAGAGCAGGACGAGAUUACAAAAGACAUAGCUGCUCUUCAGAAGAGCAAUUUGAUAACUCCAACUAUUCCGCAGAGCGGACAUUCGUCUUCCAAGCUACGAAGCAACAAUUACAAUGACAGUAUCGCGGAGACAGGAGACGACGAGGCUGUCGAUAAGAAUGUGCCGUCUGCGCUCGAACAGGAGAGAUUCCGCAGAUCCUUGGAAAAUGCGGCGUCGAUGGUAUUCCAUAGCAGGACUGGCUUGCCGUUGACCUCUAGUCCAGCGCCAUUGAGGAGAGGCAGCUGUUGUUUCGAUUACGACAGCAGUUUGAAUUCCGUUUCCUCUAAAAGAAACGCGUUGUUUGAAUUAAAUACACCGCCGAGUCCGGGUGCAGUCUCGCUGGAAGAAACCGAUCGCGACGCAGAAACCGCUGGUGAAGGCGAAGAGACACCCAAAAGACGGUCUAGCUCCCGCCACCGACCACAGAGUCAUGCUCUUCUAGGCAGCUUCGAGGAAUCGGCGUUGAACGGUAGACUCGAACCGGUGUCCACGGUUCACGGUUUCACAGCGGAACUCGGGGCUAGCGGUUCCUUCUGCCCGAAACACCAGAAACUUCCAGUCACUGUGUUUUUCUAUACGCUCGGUGACAAUGAUAAAGUCUCCACACCAUACCUUGCUCAUAUUAAUCUUGAGAAAAAGGGCUAUCAGGUACCAAGAAGUGGCACCAUUCAAGUGACUCUUCUGAAUCCAUUGGGUACAGUCGUUAAGAUGUUCGUAGUAUUGUACGAUCUUUCCGAUAUGCCGUCGCGAUCUCAUACUUUUUUACGUCAAAGAACACUGCGGGACAAAACACUACGCUACCUCGUUCACCUUAGAUUUAUGUCCAGCAAAUCAGGUCGAAUUUACCUGCAUACGGACAUACGUAUGAUUAUCUGUCGGAAGUCAGACGUGGACACGGCGUCGGACUUGGGCUCGGAACCGCCGAAAGAACUCAGGAGUUACAUCCACGGUCCUACAAAUCCAAAAUUUUCGCCAAGGUGCUGAGCCACGUGGUACUUUCCAUGGGGCUGCUGCCAAUCGUUCCGCCCGCCCAGUCCCUUUCAAGUCGAACUGUGAUCGACAAACGAUCGAAUAAGAUCAAAUUAGAAAUCAAUUUUUAUUCUUUUAACCCUUUGCGAG